UCUCUUCCUCUACAAAAACCCUCUUCUUCACUCUUCUCUUCUCCAUCUCUCUCUCUCUUAUUCUCUCUCUCGUAUCUGCCAUUGCUCUCUUCUCUCUGUUUUGACCUCAUUAUUUGCAGCUUUGCCAUUGCUCUGUUUCUGUUUACUCUGUUUUGACCUCAUUUUUUUUCUGAUCAUGACACAGCUUUCAGACCCCAAGUACUCCUCCUCCGAAGCUGAAAGUACCAGCAACUCCUCGGCUUCUUCACCUCCUUCACCAUCUUCAUCCGGGUUCUCUACACAAUCCCACCAGACUUCCAUCUCUCACUUGUUCACUCACUCCAAAACCGGUAAACGACCAGCCAAAAGACCGAGAUCAGCGGCAAGUGAAACCUCCAGCUCCUCUGGGUGCAAGCACCCGGUUUACAGAGGAGUACGAAUGCGGAGUUGGGGCAAAUGGGUAUCCGAAAUUCGUGAGCCGAGAAAAAAAUCUCGCAUUUGGCUUGGAACUUUCCCCACUCCAGAAAUGGCAGCUAGAGCUCAUGAUGUAGCAGCUUUAAGCAUUAAAGGCGACUCCGCCGUUCUGAAUUUUCCCGAACUCGUCGAGUUUUUGCCUCGCCCAUUGUCGCUCCUGCCAGGUGACAUUCAAUCUGCAGCCACUAAAGCCGCGUCGAUGAUAAAGUUUGAUUCUUUAUCAUCAUCAUCACAGUCAGUAUCAGCGGCGCAGCCACCGUCGUCAUCAGCUGACGUGUCGACAGAAUCCGAGGAGCUGGCGGAGAUUGUAGAACUACCAAACAUAGAAGGGAGUGGCUUUGAAGUGAUUUCAAUCGACCUGUUCGACGGCUGGGUGUAUCCACCAGAGGAAUUUUCCGGUGAAUUAUCAGAGCAAAUAUUCGGAGCAGAGUGGCUGAUUCCGACUUGGGACUAAUUAAUUUUGCAAUAAUUGGUGUGCGUUUUUCUUUUUUUGGUGUAUUAAUUCGUAGCUAUACUUAAUUAGCUUGUUUAAUUUGUUACUUUAAUUAUUGCUGACUGCCCCCUUCAAUUAUUGUAUCAUAAUUCACACAAAAUUUUACUCAAAUAUACAAACUAUAGCUAGAUUGAAUUGAAUAAUAA